UUUUUUUCGAUUUAAGUCCCUGGGCUCAGACUUAGGAAAUCAGAAUGAACAAAUGGUUUAGCAGAGGAUGGAUACCUUAUCAGAGCAUAUUAUUUUGGAUCAGGCUGCAGAUUUCCUCAAUGAUACUCAUGACGACAAUUACACAGAGGAAUUAAACAAUGAAAUCUUUAUCUGUGAUACUGAAAAAGACCCCUUGCUCCUGUACCACACUGUGUUCCUACCACUAGUCUACAGCAUGGUGUUUCUGCUGGGCCUCUUAGGAAAUGGCCUUCUGCUCAUGGUCCUGCUGCAGCGCCGUGCUCACCUACGCGUGACUGACAUCUACCUGCUGCAUCUGGCCCUGGCUGACCUGCUCCUGCUCUGUACCCUGCCUUUCGCUGUGACCCAGGCGCUGACGGGUUGGCUCUUUGGGAACUUCUUGUGCAAACUUGUAGGCCUGUUAAACCGCCUGAAUCUGGUGUGUGGGAGUCUUCUUCUUGCAGGCAUCGGUUUUGAUCGCUAUCUUGCCAUUGUUCAUGUUGUUUCCAGCCUCCAGACCCGUCGCCCCCAAACAGUUCACCUUAUUUGUGCUCUGCUCUGGCUAUUUUGUCUUGCUUUUUCUAUGCCCGAUGUAGUAUUUCUGUCUGUGAAACCUACAAGCAAUGACAGUACAUGGCUACAGUGUCAGUACAACAACCAUGGCAUUCAUUCCAACAACUGGUUACUUGUUAGUCGAUUGCUGACACACCUGCUUUGUUUCCUCCUGCCCUUAGUCAUCAUGGGCUACUGCUACACCUCUGUGGUGUUCACCCUGUACCGUAGUCAACAGAGCCUCGAGAAGCAGGGGGCUAUUCGUCUGGCUAUGGUGAUAACCCUGGUUUUCUGCUUGUUCUGGCUACCAUAUAACAUAACCCUUAUUGUAGAUACCCUUGUAAGGCUAAAGAUCCUGACACAGAAAACCUGUCAGACCCGCGAUGCACUGAGUGUGGGUCUGAUGGUGACUGAAAGCAUUGGUUUUAGUCACUGCUGUCUAAAUCCAAUCCUUUAUGCCUUUGUAGGGGUUCGUUUUAGAAAUGACCUUCUGAGAUUGUUGUCCAAACAUUUCGGUGUCUGUUGGCCCAUGCUAUGUGCUAGAUGCUUCAGCAAAGCACCUGGCUUCGAGAUGGCUAGCACCACAUCCACUAGCCAAUACAUAUGAAGAAACA